AUGGCCAUGGGCAUCCCGCAACAGGACCACCAGAGCGAACCGCCCAUGUUCCCUGGUGACUUUGUCGAGUACGGCACCAACUACAACUCCUCCAUCACGACGACGAACGACCGCCAACCCCGAGACGCCGCACGCAACGGCCGCUACCGGCGGCCGAGAUCCCCUUCCCUCGACGACGACUCCCGCUUCACCACCGGAGCCCACAGCGCGACCACCUCGGAAUUGCACGACGCCGCCCUCGCCCAGGCUCCCCAUCAACAGCAGAGAGUCGUGCAAACGGCCCCGAUGAACCAGCGCGGCCAACCCCGCGCCGCCGGCCCCCGAAGCGGUCCUCCCUCCAUGGCAAACGCCUCCCAGAACCGCCGCUCGUACCCCCAGCCUCCCCCCGUCAACUCCCAGCUCCCGCCUUACACCGGAAACCCCGAGGACGACUGGUCCCCGGCCGCGCGCGGAUCAGCCGGCGCCGCCGCCGCGGGCGCGGGCGCGGGCGCGGGAGGAGGCUACUCCCGCCGUCGCACAGAGCGCCAAACCCGCCGCCAGUCCUCCACGUCCGGCGGCAACCCCCCGGGCGGCCCGGGCUCCUCCGACCCCCAAAUGAGCGGCGGCGCAAACGGCGGCGGCGGCGGCGGCGGCGAAUCCCGCUCCUCGCCGCGCGUCUCCUCCUCCCAAAAACCCCAACAAGAACCCGCCCUCACGAACCCGGCCGUCGCCGCCCUACGCCCUCCCUCCCCUCCCACCGGCGGCGACGAGAUCUCCCGCCUGCAGAGCCCCUCCAUCUCCAAGAGCGUGCUGGAGCCCCUGCAGCGCAAGAUGCUCGAGUACCACAACCUGAUGGCGGCCGCGCAGGGCGAGAUGUCGCAGCUCGACGACGAGCUGCGCGCGCUGCAGGAGCGCCGGCGGCUGGCCGAGCAGCGCUUCGUCGACGCCAAGGGCAAGCACGACGAGUACGAGCGUCAGCAUUUGGAUGUGGAGAGGGCGCUGAGGGGCGACUACGGCCCCCAGCAGCAGCAGAUGCCGCCCAUGCCGCAGGUCUCGCAGCAGCACCACCAGAUGUACAACGACAGCCCGCCGCCGCCGCGGACGGUGCCGACGAGGCCCGCGAGCAGCCUCAUGAGCUACGACGAGAGGCCGAUGAGCGGGCGGAGCUCGGUGCAGGGGAAGAAGGGCAAGUUUCGGAUUAGUCUGUUUGGGAGGUAG